AUGGCAAAGAAGAGUAACGCUAAAAGGCUGGCUACCAAGAAAGCCAAUGCAGCUACUGUUGCAAGUAAUGCUGCCACAGACGCCACUGAAAAGAAACCAGAAAGUAGAAAGUAUAACUUUCUAAUAAGAACGAUAUGGACAUUCAUUAUGAUCGGAGGAUUUUUUGCCGUUUUGGCAUCAGGCCACAUCUGGUGUGUAAUGCUGAUUUUGUUAUGUCAAAUUGCUAUAUUUAUGGAAUGUAUAGCUGUGACAAGUGGAUCAAGCCGUGAAAGAGAUUUACCAUUAACAAAGACUCUAAACUGGUACUUCUUAAUUACUACCAUUUAUUACUUGGAAGGCUCUUCCCUUUUCAGAUUCUUGGAACCAGCAUUCUACAAAUACACUUUAUUAAGAAUGGUUGUUGAACAUCACAAGUUUAUUUGUUACUGUUUCUACGUGUUUGGUGUGGUAUUAUUCGUUUGCAGUUUAAGAAAGGGUCACUUGAAAUUUCAAUUUGCCUCCCUUUGUAUCACGCACAUGGUUAUGCUAUUUGUUGUUGCUCAAGCUUACUUAGUUACUAAAAAUGUAUUAAAUGGUUUAUUUUGGUUCCUAUUGCCAUGCGGAUUGGUUAUUGUAAAUGAUAUAUUUGCAUACCUUUGUGGGAUUACUUUGGGACGUACUAAAUUAAUUGCCAUAUCUCCAAAAAAGACCUUAGAAGGUUUCCUAGGUGCUUGGUUUUUCACUGCGCUUGCAAGUAUCAUCUUAACAAGAUUGUUGUCACCAUACAUGUACCUGACAUGUCCAGUGCAAGAUUUGCACACCAACUUCUUCUCCAACCUGACUUGUGAUUUGAAUCCAGUAUUUUUGAAGCAAGACUAUAAGACACCUCCAUUUAUCGCUGAGAAGUACGGUAUCAACGUCAUUACCGUUAAGCCAAUUUAUUUCCACGCCUUGAAUUUGGCUACUUUUGCUUCUCUGGUCGCUCCAUUUGGUGGUUUCUUUGCUUCAGGUUUGAAGAGAGCUUUCAAGGUCAAGGACUUUGGUCAUUCCAUUCCAGGACAUGGUGGUAUUACCGACAGAGUUGAUUGUCAAAUUUUGAUGGGAUCUUUCACGUACCUUUACUACACUACAUUUAUCAAUGAGCGCGGCAUCACAAUUGAAAGCAUCAUAUCCACUAUAUUAAUAAACUUCAACGAAAAGCAAAUCAUCGAAAUCGUACUCAGACUCAAUAAAAAACUACUUGAAAGUGGUCUGUUAGAAAAGAAGGAAUUUAAAUCUAUUGGACAGAUAUAUUCCAAAUGUGCUGACAGGUUAUAA